GUCAGCUCAGAGCGCGCGUCGGAGCAACUGACAGCUUGGGGGGGACUCGCUGCUUGUGCCCCUGGAGGCUGGUGCUUCUCAUUAUUAUCUCGGCACUCCUUGUCUUCUCACCUGCCUUUGUUCUUAUCGCUGUCCCUUCCCCCAUUACGUGCUCUGUGCCUCUCUGACCCCUCAGCACCUUGUGUCCCCCUCCAGCCCCUGCCCUUGUCCCUUGUCCCCUGGCUGGACGUGUCCCUGGGAGAGGUGAGGAGCUGACCGACGUGCCGCCUGGGGGUGCUGCUACUGGCAUGGGAGUCUCAUGGAGCCGCUGUUUGUAACACACGCCGGGACAGAGCGUCACACCGGACACUGACUUCUCCGCUAAGGCUGCCGGCACCUCAGCACCAUGAACACCAGCUUGCCAUAUCAGCACAACUCCUACAGACCUUCUGGGAAUUCAGGUCCCAUCCAAUGUUAUCGCUGUGGAGAAACGUGCAAGGGAGAAGUGGUGAGAGUGCAAAGCAAUCACUUCCACAUCCGCUGUUUCACGUGUCAAGUGUGUAACUGUGAUCUGGCUCAGUCUGGCUUCUUCUUUAAGAACGGAGAGUAUAUCUGUACGCGGGAUUACCAGCAGCUCUAUGGAACCCGAUGUGACAGCUGCCGAGACUUCAUUACCGGGGAGGUCAUUUCUGCCCUUGGACGGACAUAUCACCCCAAAUGCUUUGUGUGCAAUAUUUGCAGGAAGUCUUUUCCUAUUGGAGACAAGGUGACCUUCAGAGGCAAAGACUGUGUGUGUCAGAACUGUUCCUACUCUUUAGUUAGUGACAAGCCCAUCAAGAUUCAUGGUCCAAGCCGCUGUGCAGGGUGUAAAGAGGAGAUUAAACAUGGCCAGUCCCUGCUAGCACUGGAAAAACAGUGGCAUGUCAGUUGCUUCAAGUGUCAGACGUGUGGCAUUGUCCUGACGGGAGAAUAUAUUAGCAAAGACGGCGUGCCUUAUUGUGAGUCAGAUUAUCAUGCUCAGUUUGGCAUCAAAUGUGAAGCUUGCAACAAAUACAUCAGUGGCAGAGUCCUGGAGGCAGGCGGCAAGCACUAUCACCCCACGUGUGCACGAUGUGUUCGAUGCCAGCAGAUGUUUUCGGAGGGGGAAGAAAUGUACCUGACAGGCUCUGAAGUGUGGCAUCCAAUCUGUAAACAGGCAGCUCGUGCAGAGAAGAAGCUCAAAUACAGAAGGGCGUCUGAGACCUCCAUCUCUCCUCCAGGGUCUAGUAUUGGCUCACCCAAUCGUGUUAUAUGUGCCAAGGUAAACAAUGAGAUUCUAAAUUACAAGGAUUUAGCAGCCCUCCCUAAGAUCAAACCAAUCUACGCAGUGCAGCGUCCUGACCUCAUUUCUUAUGAGCCUUAUAGCAGAUACACUUCCGAUGAGAUGCUGGAGAGAUACAGCUACGGGGAGGAUAUUUAUGAAGGGAUUGACUUGCGUCAGAGAAGGUCUUCUAGCCCCGGUUAUAUAGACUCUCCUCUGUACAGACAACAUGAAAUAUCCCUCACCAUGCCACGCAAUCCGCAGCAUUACUACAUGUCAGGCACAGAUAGUGGGCGCAACUCACCUUUUUAUAGCCAGUUAGAUGUACAUUGCUCCUCGCCUAGCCAUUAUCAAGUUCCACGGCAUUUCCACAUACCAGCCGCUGCAGAGAAUAACCUUUACCGGAAACCCCCCAUCUAUAAACGGCAUGCAACGAAAAGCAAAACAAGUGAAGAUCUUGUACAGUCUUCUAAAUAUCUUCCAGCACAUCCCCAUGCACUAUACUAUCAACCUGAAUCUGAGUUUUGGAUGUAUUCACCGAAAGUGCCUCGAGCACGGAGAUAUUCAUCAGGAGGAGAGGAAGAUGGCUUUGAUCGGAGCAUGCACAAGAUCCAGGGAGGAAUUGGGCGAAUGAUUCUAAAAGAAGAGAUGAAAGCUCGGUCCUACAUUGACCCUUGGACGCCUCCCCGAAGUUCUACUCACAGUAAGGAAGCUCUCCACACUGCGGGAUACGAGGCUUCUCUUAAUGGAUCUCCCACCAGGCGCUAUCUGGCUGACAGUGAUCCCUUGAUUUUGAAAUCGGCCUCACUCCCAGUCUACAGGAGGAACGGAUUGCACAGGCCUCCCAGCUCAGAACUUUUUCACUACGACAGUGCCAACUCUGUGAAUUGGGGAAUGCGUGAGUACAAGAUCUAUCCAUAUGAAUUACUUGUUGUCACCACUAGAGGGAGGAAUAGACUUCCUAAGGAUGUCGACAGAACACGCUUGGAGCGCCAUCUAUCAGCAGAAGAGUUCUAUCAGGUCUUUGGAAUGACCAUAUCAGAGUUUGACCGCCUGGCACUGUGGAAAAGAAAUGAAUUGAAGAAGCAAGCCAGGCUCUUUUAAUCCAGUCCGACAUGUGCCUCAGAUAUAAAUAAACACCUCUAUAAAUAUA